AUGGACUUUAAAGUAAGUGAUAAAUUAAUGAGGGAACAAAGUUUUUUUAAGUGAUUAGCAGCGACAUUUCUUUUAAAAAAUUCUAUUCUUAAACUAAGUCGCAAAGAAUGCAUACGCGAAAAGAAAGCCGGAAAAUCUUCAGGCUUGCCGGGAGUAGAACCCUUGACCUCUGCGAUACCGGUGAAGCGAUUUCAGCAAUUGAGCUGGCAACCCAACUGGGAGCUGGUCAUUAAAUUAGUUCGUAACCGCAUACCCAGGAAAGAUGAAGAUGAAAUAAUUAAUAUAUGAAUUUCAAACAUUUAAACCGCGGAAUUAAUACAUAAAUGCAUAGAAGAUCCUCGCAGUUAAAGUCGCAACUUAUGCAUUGCGCCCUCCGCCCCAUGUUAAUCACAAAUCACGAAUCUCCCAAUCCUAAGUUCUUGCGAAUAAAGAUGAUCUCUUUACCCAUCAAAUACGCAGUUCUACCCCCCCUACCUUCCGGGGGGGCGUUCCCGCAACCUGCCAAAAUUUACAUUCAUGAGCUAUAUCUACAGAGUUAGGAUUUUUAACUAAAAAAAAACUAACGAGUUAGCGGAGCUACAUUAGGAGUGAUGGUUUCCUAACUUUUGAUCCUGGUUUUGUGAACCACGCCACAUUAAUUCACACCUUGUUCAAGGCUUCCGGUUCAGAAUGAUACCCUGUUUUAGACUCAGGAUCCCGAAAACCGCACCCAGUUUAGCGGCGCAUCCCUAUUUAGGCCAGGUAAGGGUCCGGAGUCCCCCACCUGGUAUUAUAGACGGAAGUUACUUCUCUCCUUUUACCCGAUCUGCAAUAUAAGAUAGUACGCGCGCUCUGAUUGGCCGAGAGGAGUGUUUGCAUGAGAGUAUGUAAACAUGGUUGUGGCGUCAAGUUGUUUGGCUUUUCGCGCGCUAAUCACGCAAGCACGAAUUUGAAAAAGUUUUCUAGUUCAAGGGAGGCGUUGGGAGAAUUCUCGACGGUUAUGCAAACCCUCGACUUCGUCGUCGGGUUUGCAUAACUGUCUCGAAUUCUCCCAACUCCUCUCGUGUUUAUAUCAGGCUAUGCAAACACGGAAAACGUUUUCUAUUGCUUAAAUAUAGGCGUUGUUUUUGAAAAUGUUUUCGCCAAUUUGGGCCUUUUUAAUUUGCGUCCAACAGUUUUGUCGGCCAAAAGCUGUCCCCAAAGUAACUAUUAUAAAAAUUAAGUGAGUGGAACCAUUGCUUUUUUUUUCUCUUCUCCUCCUGUCCUUCUCCUCGCUCCUUCUUUUUCUCCUUUCCUUUUCCUUCGUUACUGUGAUUUUGGAGCUUCUCGGUCUUAGGAAACCUGCCUUUUGACGCCUUUUCACACAAAUGACUGCAAAUUUCGUUAGGCUGGUUUUCAAAAAAUCGGCUUAUGUAAUAGCUACUCGGUGAGUAACGUAUGUUUUGCCUCCUAGCUGGGAUCAUGUCCGUUUGAUUAUUUGGAGGUUUUUAAUAGUGGCACAAAAGAUAUAAAGACACGUGUGGCUAAGCUAUGCGGAAGUGAUUUACCUGAUCCUAUCGAAUCCAGUGGCAACACACUCAUCCUAAAGUUCUCUUCAGAUUACGCAAUUGGCUACAAAGGCUUUAAGCUGCGGCUUACAAAAACAGGUGUGGCACUAGCUAGUUCUGUUAGUAUAUACGAAGAGUAAUGAGAAUUAUUCUCUCUGUACAUACUGUGUUACCGUGAUGUAAUUAGGCCUUUACAAUGUGGUAGCAAGGGUCUGCAAAACGCCGGAUAAGCAAUAGUACCUACAGCGAAUCUCUACCUACAAGAGAUCAGACCGUGCGUCAAGCGAUCACUUACGAAUGCGAAAAACAAUAAAUCAUUUUGUAAAAUCACUUUACUCCAAAAAGUAGUCGCGGCCACAUGAAAGAGCGAUACGAGAGGUUUCAACUGCAAGCUUUUACGGGGAAUUAUUAUUAUGUUUUGUUUUUUUGGUGGAUAAGAACUCGCUUAAUUGGAGAUGGUUGUCGCACAUGGUGGUUCGAUCUUAAUAUGUAUAUUUCUAUAAUGUCAAUCUUACGUCUUUCAGCUCCAUUGUGUGGCCCAGAGGGUGCUUUCGCUGAUUAUGCCUUCCUCGUAGAUGCUUCAAGUAGUAUUCUCCCAUCGGAAUUUGAUAUUUUAAAAACGUUCGUCAAACGAGUGAUAGACUUUCUUCAGAUUGGACCUAAUCAGACCCAUGUUGGUGUGAUUGAGUACAGCAGGAGUGCUAGUUUGCAGCUCAAUUUUUCAAGAUCCUUUGACAAACGAGAAAUUAAGAGCUUUGUGGAACAAGUGCCCCAUACUGCGGGUAUCACACGGAUCGAUUUGGCGUUGAAGGUUGCUUCGGAACAAUUAUUCACACCGCAAGAAGGAAUGAGAGACGAUUCAAGAAAGGUAAAGUUAAGCUGCAUCUAUCAAUGAAUUCAACGGUCAUGAUUUUCUAAGGUUACAGAACGAUUUUAUGUCGAUAACGUUUUAUUAUUUUGUGAUUUAUUCAAAUGAAAGAGCAUUUACAGUAGUAAAAAGAGACACAAAGUUCUAAACUUAGGUAAUGGGUGAAAGAGGUACCAUUUGUCAAUAGAAGGUAUACUAAAGGGGUACCGUUUUCUGUCAAAAAUGGUAAGAGGUCAGACCUAGGGGGUGGAUACUAAGCAAUUGUUCAACAUCCAGGGACAUCCAACGACUAUUUUCAUUGUAAAAACAUCUGUUCGAAGAAGCAAAUAUUGCCUAGAAUUUUCUAUUUUUUCGAGGAUUGCUAAAAUUUUCUAGAUGACCGUUUCAUUCAUGUACAAUUCGCGAAGCUUAUCUAAUAAAUUUUGUGAAGUUUAAUUUUUUAUAUGUUAAUGCCCAGGUUGGGCUGUAUUCGUACAAAAAAGGAAAUCUAAAAUGUUCGGAUUUAAAACUGUGAUAGAGAGAGGAAUCCUUUAAUAUGCCUUAACGCUACCUCUUAUGAACUAACCAUGUGGGGAAAUACAUUGAAUCUCCUCGUACUAUAAACUGUUUAUCACAAAGCUAGCAAAACCUUAAAAAUAGCAAAACUGAAGAACAAAACUAAAAGCAGCUACCUCUUAACACUACUAUAUAAAAUUUUGUUUCAAAUCACGGCUCGAGAGUGGAAAAAGUCAACUUCCGGUUGACGUCAGUGGCUCAAAAACAUCGCAAAUAAGCUCCCUGUUAUCUCUUGGUGCCCCCCAGAGCUGCUGGACAUGUUGCAGGUAACGAGAAUAAAGAAAAUUAAGUCACUUACAACUCGCUGAAAAAACUCAAGAGAGAUAUGUUAAUGGUUCACAGCUGAAAUUUCGAAAUAAGUAGAGACCUUUAGGUUCGAGGACCAGGUUUCCAAAUUUGGCUUAUUUUUUUCCCGCGCAUUCUCAAAAAAUAGACCCCCGGAAAGCUUUAUUUUACUUUUUUUUUUUCACCAUAAUAGUUAACACGGUCAUUUUAAGUAAAGGAGCUGGGUUAAGCCCUUUCCCGAUCCCAACACUGAUGGUAACAUUUGAUGACUUGAUGUGCAGACCACAUCGUAUUGAGAAAAGUUUCGUUCUCGUAGUUGUACUCGAACAACAACAAAUCAACAAAAAUUUUAUUCGACAUAGUUCAGAUACAACACUAAUUACACACUCAUAUAAUUGAUCACAGGAAUACUGAGAAAUCGCAAAAAAACUUUCCCCCCGCUAAUACAUAAAAGGCUAAUCGCCGGAGGCGGCAGAAAGAUGAAAACAAACUUAUGGUGAUGAAAUAAGACAAAACUGAGAUAACAAUACAAUAAGUUUAAAUAAGAAAAUUAAAUGGAAAAAUUUACAUCCAAAAAAAAAGGUAAAUGAAUAAAUAAAAUUAAAAAAAAUUGUAAUUGCUAAGUCUCCCAAUUGCUAAAGUAAUUGAGCAAUUGAGGCUUCAAUAUAGUCAUUUUCAAGCUCUAAGGUUUCAAGAAGUAUUUGUUUAUUAUAAUAAUUUUGUUUCGGAACUUGGAUUUACCAAAACAUCUAACAGAGUAAGGGAUAGAGUUCCAAAUGGAUACACCAAUCCUUGCAAAAGAUUUUUUUAUUUGCUCAGUUUUGAAAGUUUUCACGAAGAAGCAUUCAUUUAACGAUAAUCUGGUAUUAUUUGUGAAUCGUACUAGUUUUGGUUAAUUGGCUAAGAAUGUUAGUUGGGACGGACUGCUCAUGAAUGCAUGAUGCAUACCUUAAAUAACUUACAUGUUUAAAAAACGAAAAGGACUGACAAAGAAAGACAUUUUGCUUGGACAAAAAAGGGAAAGGCAUAUUCCGAGCAUUACCCAAAAAAUUAAGCGAAAAGCACGUUUUUGCAGUACCAAUAGCCUCUUAGAAUAUAAGGUUCUCUUUUCAAUCUGUUGGCUGGCAACCAAUUUGAUGUGCGAUUUUUUCAGGUCAUGGUGCUUCUUACUGACGGAAACCAAACUGGAUUUGACCUUGUUCCUGAUCAGACACCUCUUGAAGAUGCAAUACAACCAAUCAGGGAUUUGGGUGUCAAGGUUAUUGCGAUUGGUAUUGGAAGUGUAGACAGGGAGCAGCUGGCAACUUUGGUCACUGACCCCAAUGAUAUUCUACAGCCAAAAAAUUUUCAAGAACUCUUGACUUUAGUGAAGACAACGGUUGAAAAGAGCUGUGAAGGUACGUAUUUAAAUAGUUAACUUCAUAUUGGCGCCUCGGCCCUGAAGAUCUGCUUUUGACGGCUAAAAGAACUGAGAGAAUGGAUUGGAAGCUUUCUGGCCCCUCCCCUCCCCGCUGAUGAUGAUACGAACAUCUGGAAAUACAGCUCACGUAUAGCUCGCGAUAUUUAUGCAUUCGGUGUCAAAGAGUAUAAGACUGGGAGACCCAUUACAAUCGAAAAGGGGGUUAGCAUCUAUGAAUCCUGUUUCUUAUUCAUUUUUGGGUAACGAUUUCGUAUAAACCGAACAAGCUGCAUUUCCAUAGAGAUGAGUGAAGUCCAAAAUCCGUCGAUACAAAGCGGCAGUAAUGUGAUUGUUUCGUUAUGUUUACUAGGUGGAAACAGCCCUGAGUUCAGUUUGUUGUCCCGUCUGUGA